AUGUUAAGGCAAACAGCGAGGUCUCUUUUAGGGCUUUCUUCACGAAAAUCUACACAGUUUGCUAUCACCUCUCGACUGUACCAUCCGAGGGUAAUCGGCCAUUAUGAACAUCCCCGUAACGUUGGAUCGUUUGAUAUAAAUGAUCCUAACGUUGGCACGGGAUCUGUUGGAGCUCCUGCAUGUGGAGAUCUAAUGAAGCUUCAGGUUAAGUUUGAUGGUUCCAGUAAAAUAGUUGAUGCUUGA